UUAGUUGCCUAGCGACCGGUCAAAGAAAUGUAGCGUCAGCUAGCUUUGCAAAGGCGAGUCUGUCACACGUGGAUUAUUCUCUGUAAACAACAAAUAAAUGCCACCCAAGAGAAAAGGACCUCUGCAGCUCGUCCAGAGGGAAGUGGACGACAUCACAAAACAGUUUGACAGUCUGGUGAAGGACGUGCAGACUCAGGAUGUGUCCACUGAAAAGGCAUUACAGAGAUGUCAAGAACUGCAGAUAUCGGCAGAGAAGACACUAAAGUCACUGAAGAAACUGGGCAAGGCUGACGAGCCAGCUCCAGUGGGGAACUAUGAUCAGAGGAAGCAGGAACAGGAGAGACGACUGCAGGACAUGUUGGAGCGUAUAGACACACUCUCUCUGAAGCUUUCACCGCCAGGACCCAGUUCUGCUGCGGGCGACGUUUCAAAGAAAGAUAGUGAGGAGGAUGAUGAUGACGAAGAUGAUGACGAUGACGAAGACAGCAGUGAUGAUGAUGUUGACGACGAUGAAGACGAAAGGCGGGCAGCGAAACCGCCCUCUCAGUCAAGCCUUCGUGUCUACACGGUCCUCAGUGAUUUCAAAGGAGAGCAGGAGGGAGAUCUGUCUGUUCAGAGGGGGGAAGUAUUGAGGAUUAUCAGGACGACUGCAGAUGGAUGGUGGCUGGCUCAGGACAGCAAAGGCAACAGAGGAGUGGUUCCAAAAACCUACCUGAAGAUCGGCUCUGGUAUUGAUGAUAAUGAUGACGAUGAAGAUGGCGACGAUGAUGAAAACGAGGAGGAGUUAGAGCAGGAGGAAGAGCAAGAUGAUGAAGAACUGAGCGAUGACAAAGAGAAACAGAGCGGUGCUUCAUAUUCCAACUGGGGAACAGUCAGAAAGGCUUUGACUGAGAUUGAUGCAACAGAUGUGCUCUCCGCCAUGGGGGCUAUACCUUCAGGAUUUAGACCAUCAACCCUCAAUAAACUGCUGGUGGAAGGUUCAACAUACAGAGGAAGUCACUGUAUUCAGCCUGAGCUUAGCCCGUCAAAGCUCUCCUUUAGUGACCUCUUCCUGGACCCAGACACCGGCAGGGUCCGUGCUCGGCAGGUCAGGACUUGUGUUUGUUUCACUUUGUGGAGCUGCAGGAUGAUUCCUACUCCCGGGGUCGGAGUUCAGGUCCUCAGUCGACACAUUCGCUUCUGCGCCUUUGAUGGAACUCAGGUGUUGAGUAACAUCCACACAGUGAGGGCAACCUAUAACUCCAAGAGCCCCAAGACCUGGAGCUUCUCUCCAAGGAUGACAGGUAUCCUGCCCACCUUCCUGGACGGUGACUGUUUCCUACGCUGCAACUCUGCAUCUCCCGACCUCGGCAUCCUCUUCGAACUGGGAGUCACCUUUAUACGGAAUUCUACAGGUGAGAGAGGGGACUUGAGCUGUGGCUGGGCUUUCCUCAAACUGACCGAUGACACUGGAAAUCCAAUCCCCAACAGGACGUAUGAGCUGCCAGUGAACGGUGGCACUCCCUAUGAGAAGGAUGUCGAGGUAGAGGCAUCAGUCACCAGAGGAUCUCCAGCUGGUGUUUUCCAGCAGAUGCUUCAGGCCAGGCGGCAGCACAAACUGAUCGUGAAGGUGAAAUCAGUCAACAGCCGGACCAGAACGCAGCUCAGCGUCCUACCGGACACUCUGCUGCACUGUCUGAGCUGCGUCCACCUGCUGGCUCUACACAGGCAGCUGCUGGCCGACGCGCUACUGAUGGACAGGCCUACCAUGCAGAAUGCAGAUCUGAUAUGUAGUCCUAUACUCUCUACCUUCCCUGUGCUGCUGGACCAACCAGACCUGCUGGAUGCUCUCAGGAAUGUCUGGCUGGAUGCGGAGACCAACAUGAGCAGAGCGCAGAAGAGAGACUUGUCCUACUUAAAACGGGAGUUUGCGAAGGUCUACAUGUCGUCGGUCUAUUUCCUCCUCCACUCGCCCUCGCUGCCCCGUCAUCGCUGGGCGGAUCCCGCCACCGAGGAGCAACGAGCCAGAGUCAUCUACGCCUACCUAGACACCCUCAAACACACCCAGCACACCAGCGGCCAAUCUGGAGGCCCGGAGGUCUUCGUCGACCCCAUGCAUCAGCAUCUCGCCUUUGAUAUCACAGAGUUGACCUUUGACCUCCUAAAUGUGGCACGGUAACAUCACACCACGUAUAUGUGUGUGUGCUAGACAACACUAAAACCCUUAAAUG